AUGGGCCACACAGGCAUUGUUGGGCUGCUCCUGGCCGCGGGGGCGGACAAGGACGAAUCCGACGUCCUUGAAGUCACGCCGCUCUGGGCCGGAGCUGAGCAAGGGGCUCUUCCUGUUGUGGCCGCGCUGCUUGAGGCAAGAGCUGACAAGGACAAGCCGCGCGCCGAUGGCAUCUCGCCGAUACAGAUCGCGUCUUCGAAAGGGCACGACGAGGUGGUGCGCCUUUUGACGGAAGCCGGAGCUGCCAUCGGCGAGGCGGCUGGCACUUCGCAGACGCCGGGGGUUGAGGAACCUCAGCCAAAGCGCCCGAGACAGUGA